UUCUAGGCGACCAUCAUGGUGUUCCAGGCUCUUGCGCAGUACCAGAUAGACAUUCCGCAGCAUAAAGACGUGAAUUUGGAUGUUUCUAUUCUCCUGCCACGCCGUGCUAGUCCAAUAAACUACAAAAUCUUAAACCAGAAUGCUCUGGUGGCCAGAACAGCAGAGACCAAAUGGAAUGAAGACUUCACUGUGAAGGCAGAAGGAACUGGACAAGGGACCUUAACUGUAAUAACGAUUUAUAAUGCAAAGCUACGGGAGGAUGAAUCUCAGUGUAAGAAGUUUGACCUGAGGGUAUCGGUCGAAGAAGCCCAGGGCGUUAAGAAGCCGGAAGGAGCGAUGCGUUCAGUCUAUAUUAAAAUCUGCAUCAGGUUCCUCGGUGUGGUUGAUGCCACAAUGUCCAUCAUCGAUAUCUCCAUGCUCACUGGCUUCUCACCAGAUGUGAAGGAUCUUAAGAGACUUUCCCAAGGGGUCGACAGAUACAUUUCCAAGUUUGAAAUCGACAAAGCGCCAUCUGACAGAGGCAACCUCAUAAUCUACCUGGACAAGGUUUCUCACACAGAGGAUGAAUGCCUGCAGUUUAAAGCUCACCAGUUUUUCGAAGUUGGUCUCAUUCAGCCGGCAUCCGUCACAGUCUACGACUAUUACACCAUAGAUGACCGAUGCACCAAGUUCUACCACCCGUCUAACCAGAGCGGGCUCUUCAAUAAGAUCUGUCAUGGGGACGUCUGCCGCUGUGUGGAAGAAAGCUGCUUCAUGCAGCAGAAGAUAGAGGGUCCCAUCACCCUGAACAAGCGAAUGGAGGAAGCCUGCAAACCUGGAGUGGAUUAUGUGUAUAAAACCAGGCUUGUUAGAAGUGAAGAAGUGGACGGGUCUGACUACUACACCAUGGAAAUUUUGGAAAUCAUUAAAACAGGAACUGAUGAAAAUCCACAAGGAAAAACCCGCCAAUUCAUCAGCCACAUAAAAUGCAGGGAGUCUCUGAGGCUGGAGCGUAACAAAGACUACGACUUGUGGCCCAGGAAAGCUGAGCUAUCCUACAUCAUUGGCAAGGACACCUGGAUCGAGAAGUGGCCCAACGAGGACGAAUGCCGGAAGCCGGAUUUCCAGAACCUCUGCCAGGAAUUCCUUGAGUUCUCUGAAACCAUGACCAUGUUUGGCUGCCCAACCUAAACUUGGACCCAGCUUUCCCAGCAGCCCCAAUUGGACAGUUUGAGCUGAGAUGGAGCAUAACACUCAGGUGGAGACAGCUCCACUCAGAGUCCCAAUGCUGCUGACACUCGCUGCUAGUCCUGUCCUCUUUGGGGGUUUCACUCUCUUUUCUUCUUAUUGUUUCUAUAUAUAUAUAUAUAGAAGGCUGAUUUCUUACCCUGGCCUGCUGUGUGACUUUUUACCAAUCUUUACAUAGUCUGCAAUAUAGCUGUAUAAGUAACCAGCUACUAGGAUCAUGGGUGCAUGAGAAACACCUUAAAUUAGAUUAGGAUGGACAAGCAUGAAUGGGUGGCUAGAUAUGCAUGGAUGGAUAUUUGGGAGAGAGUCUUCUGUACCACUGUGUGCCUAGGGUGACCACACAACCCGUUUUGGCUGGGCCAGUCCCUUUUUUCAGCCCUGUCCUGGCCAUCCCGACUUUUUGUCAAAAAAGUGGGGUUUUGAGGAAUGUGCAGGGAGAGGAGCGGCGAUGUCACUCUUCAGUCUAUAAGAUACCAUUAGAGAUGCUUAGGUUUUGCAGGUCUCAAACUGUGGAUUUGUGUCUCCAGAGAUAAUAUGCUUGUUAACAGUAAAGAUGUUUUUAAAUAAAUACAUAAAUAUAUAAA